AUGAAGAUUGAAGAAGUGAAAAGUACGGUGAAAACCCAGCGAAUUGCUGCUCACAGUCACGUGAAGGGGCUGGGACUGGAUGAGGCAGGAGUCCCUCUGCAGAUGGCAUCCGGUUUGGUCGGACAAAAGGAUGCCCGUGAAGCAGCCGGCGUUGUGGUGGAUUUGAUAAAGUCAAAGAAAAUGUCCGGUCGAGCGCUGCUGCUCGCAGGGCCACCGGGUACCGGCAAAACGGCUAUUGCCCUUGCUAUUGCACAGGAGCUCGGCAACAAGGUACCGUUCUGUCCGAUGGUCGGUUCGGAAGUGUUUAGCAGCGAGAUCAAAAAGACGGAAGUGUUGAUGGAAAACUUCCGCCGCUCGAUUGGGUUGCGUAUUCGCGAAACGAAGGAAGUUUACGAAGGGGAAGUUACGGAGCUGACACCGGUCGAGACGGAAAAUCCAAUGGGAGGGUAUGGCAAGACGAUUAGCAACGUGGUGAUUGGACUGAAGACGGCCAAAGGCACCAAACAGCUAAAGCUCGACCCGAGCAUCUACGAAACGUUGCAGCGGGAGAAGGUCGAAGUUGGCGAUGUGAUUUACAUCGAAGCAAACAGUGGCGCAGUGAAGCGUCAGGGUCGCAGCGACAACUUCGCCACCGAGUUCGAUCUGGAAACGGAGGAGUAUGUGCCGCUGCCGAAAGGUGAGGUGCACAAGAAGAAGGAAGUGGUGCAAGACGUGACGCUGCACGAUCUGGAUGCGGCCAAUGCACGGCCCCAGGGCGGCCAGGAUGUGCUUUCGAUCGUGGGUCAAAUGAUGAAACCGAAGAAGACGGAAAUCACGGACAAGCUGCGCACGGAGAUCAACAAGAUCGUGAACAAAUACAUCGACCAGGGCAUAGCGGAACUCGUUCCGGGUGUGCUGUUCAUCGACGAGGUACACAUGCUCGAUCUGGAGUGUUUCACGUACUUGCACAAAUCUCUCGAAUCGGCCAUCGCUCCGAUCGUCAUCUUUGCCACGAACCGGGGCCGUUGCGUGAUACGCGGUACGGACGACAUCGUUUCUCCGCACGGCAUUCCGCUGGAUUUGUUGGAUCGCUUGCUGAUCGUGCGCACGAAACCAUACAAUAUUGGCGAGAUGGAACAAAUUAUACGUCUGCGGGCACAAACCGAGGGUUUGAAUGUGGAGGACACUGCCAUACAGGCGCUCAGUGAAAUCGGUUCGAAUACGACGCUCCGGUACGCGGUGCAGCUGCUGACUCCGGCCAACCAGACGAGCAAGGUUAAUGGGCGUACGCAGAUCACCAAAGACGACAUUAUGGACGUACAUUCCCUGUUUUUGGAUGCGAAGCGAUCGGCCAAAUUUUUGCAGGAGGAAAACACGAAAUACAUGUUGUAA